GUGAAGCUGCCUCUCUCUGCCAUACUGAAGCAGGUGUCCAACAUGGCGAACACUGGCAGCGGCUCUCUCGCGACUAUUCUCUUUUUAUUCAUGUUUCAAGCGGCUCUUCGUAAAGGAGCUGCACAGGAACCAGUGGUGAGUCAGAACCUGGUGACAGAUAAUGUGUCGGUGGUGGAGGGCGAGAUGGCGAUCAUCAGCUGCCGGGUGAAGAACAACGACGACUCUGUUAUCCAGCUGCUCAACCCGAACAGACAGACAAUUUACUUCAGAGACAUGAGACCACUGAAAGACGCUCGCUUUCAGCUGGUGAACUUCUCAGACAACGAGCUGCGGGUGUCGCUGUCUAAUGUCUCACUGUCAGACGAGGGUCGAUAUGUUUGCCAGCUCUACACGGACCCCCCGCAGGAAGCCUACGCCGACAUCACCGUGCUAAUUCCUCCAGGUAACCCCAUCAUCGAGGCUCGGGAUGAGGUCCUGAGCGAGGGCAACGAGACUGAGAUGACCUGCACUGCCAUGAGCAGUAAGCCUGCCGCCACCAUCAGAUGGAUGAAGGGAGAUAAAGAGCUUCCAGGCAAGCCCAAAGUCGAGCUGACCUACGACAAGAUGUACACAGUAACCAGCCGACUAACGUUCACUGUCAGUAAGGAGGAUGAUGGUGUAGCAGUGGCUUGCAUCGUAGACCACCCUGCAGUCAAGGACUACCAAGCACAGAAAUACCUGGAGGUGCAGUACAAACCGGAGGUAAAGAUCGUGGUAGAGUUUCCUCAGGGUCUGACCAGGGAAGGAGAGAACCUGGAACUGACGUGUCAGGCCAAAGGCAAACCCCAGCCACAGCGAGUGAACUGGGUGAAGGUGGAUGACGAUGUGCCAUCUCACGCCGUCAUCACAGGUGGCGAUCUUUACAUCGAAAACCUAAACAAGUCCUACAACGGAACCUACCGCUGUGUCGCCUCCAAUGCAGUGGGGGAGUCUUUCGAUGACUACAUCCUCUACGUCUAUGAUGCUCCCACCACUACCCCUAUACCCACCACAGCCACAAACACCACCACCACCAUCACCACCACCAUCUCCUACCCCGAAGCCAAUCAAGACACUGCGCCCAGCACUGAACCUGCAGCUCAUGAUUCACGAGCUGGAGAAGGAGCACCCAGAACGGUGGACCAUGCAGUGAUCGGAGGAGUGGUGGCCGUGGUCGUUUUCGCCAUGCUCUGUCUACUCAUUGUCUUGGGGCGCUACUUUGCAAGACACAAAGGUACCUACUUCACACACGAAGCCAAAGGAGCAGACGACGCAGCGGACGCAGAUACAGCCAUCAUCAACGCAGAGGGUGGCCACACCAACUCGGACGAAAAGAAAGAGUACUACAUCUAAUCAAAGCAGGACCCCUCACUCCAGUGUCCUCUUUGGGACAGGGAGCUGUUUUUGGGGCCGGGGCAGGAGGAGAGGGGGGGCAGAUGGAGGGAUUUGUGUUGGUUCAGGAUCACUUUUAGUGAGAGUAGAGGGGUCGAGGAGUAGAGGAGAGAAGGGGUUUUAAAGAAAGGCCUGGUUUUAAGCCGUUGUUUAGUCUAGUCUGCAGAUGUAGAUGGAAUGUUUUGUGUGUAAAAAAAAAAAAAAAAAAAAAAAAAAUCAAAAAAGGACAAAAAAUGGGAGGGGGUUGGGUUUUCGGUAAAUUGAGAAGGGGAUGGGGUUGGGGGCGGGGAGGGUGCGCCAGACGUUGCCAGAAAUCACUGUAGAGAGCUUCACCAUUUCGACACCUCCCUAACUGCUGGUACGAAUUUUAUUUAGUUCAACCAUUUGCAGAAAAUUCUGUGCCUUGUUCUAUCCAUACUUUGGAUUUGUGUUGAUCCUCAUUUGCAUAACCCUGUUGCUCCCCCCACCUCCUUUUUUCCUGUUUCAUCUUUCCCCACUCGUAAUUAUCAAUGUGCUGUUGGCUUUUGUAUGAGGGUAAAAUUACACAGCCACUUUAUUCAUUUCCCUAAAUGUGUCUGCACACACACGUCCUCUACUGCAUAACAAAAACUCUUUCCAGUAUACUGUGAUUUGUCUCAAGCCAUUACUUCCCUCUCUUUUUCUUUCCCCUGAAGUUUCGACAGCUCCAAAAAUGCAUGGAAUGCUUUACAUAUCAUUGUACAAAGGACAUAAAUGAGAAACAGGUUUGAUGUACUGUAUAUGCUCUCCCUGCCCCCUCCUGAACACAACCACAUUCAGAACAUAAUCAAAAAGAAGGCAGC